AUGGCAGACACGAAACAGGACGACCACGACACACAAGCAGGAGAGAUUCUCAACCAGCACGAUGUCGCCGCCCAAUUCCUCGCUCGUCUCGAUACAGCCAUAACUCACGCCCCCGUGUCCCCAGAAGAAGCCCGUCGAGUGCUCUGGAAGAUCGAUCUCAUUCUGAUUCCCCUGAUCAUGACCACCGUCGUCCUCGCCGCCGUCGACAAAGUCAUCAUCUCCAACGCAGCAAUCUACGGCAUGGAAACAGACACCCAUCUCACAGGGAACCAGUACUCCUGGGUCGGCUCCAUCUUCUACUUUGGCUACCUGGUCUUCGAGUAUCCCUCCGCCCUGCUGAUCCAGCGCCUCCCGGUCGCAAAGCUCUACGCCAGCAUGGUCUUCGGCUGGGCCGUGCUGAUGCUCUGCACAGCAGCGACGCAGAACUUCGCUGGCCUCGCGACAGUGCGCUUUCUCAUGGGGAUGCUCGAGGCCACUGCGUUUCCUAUCUCCAGUAUCCUCACCGUCAUGUGGUGGAAGACCAGCGAGCAGCCCAUCCGCGUCGCCUUCUGGUUCAACCAGCUCUCGUCGGUCUUCGCGGGCCUGGUCAGCUACGGCAUCGGGCAGACAAAUACAUCUCUCAGUCCAUGGAGACUUCUUUUCCUCGUCCUGGGUGGGUUCUCGAUGCUCUGGGCCGCGGUGCUCUGGGUAUUCCUGCCCGACUCGCCAGUCCAGUGCUGGUAUUUCUCCGACCGCGAGAAGUUCGUCUGUCUCGAGCGCGUCAAGGACAAUAAUACCGGCAUGGAGGAUAAAACGAUCAAAUGGUACCAAGUGCGCGAGUGUCUCCUAGACCCAAAGACCUGGCUGCUAGCCCUCUUCUCGCUGGCACAGAACAUCCCAAAUGGCGGACUGGUGACAUUCUCCGCGAUUAUCGUCAACGGGCUGGGAUAUUCGCGACUCGUUACGACGGUUUUAGGUAUUCCAACCGGUGUCCUUGCCACAGUGUGGCAGAUCCUACUAGGAUUCAUUGUCGCAUAUAUCCCCAACUCGCGCUGCGCCAUUAUCGCGAUCGCAGAUCUCGUCCCGAUGGUCUGCGCAGUCCUCAUGUGGAAGCUACCAAGGGAGAAUACAAACGGCCUUCUCGCUGCGUACUACGUCUUCUAUACCUACUGGGCGCCGUAUGUGCUGUCGACUUCGCUGCCCAUGGCCAAUACGAGCGGCCACUCCAAGAAGUUGACCAUGAAUGCGAUAUUUUUCCUAGCCUACUGCGUGGGAAAUAUCAUCGGCCCGCAGGCAUUCCAGGAAGACGAUGCGCCGACUUAUUCAAAAGGAUACGAAGGGCUUCUUGCAUGUUUGGUUGUGGCGAUUUUCUCGAUCGGUGCGUAUGGGCUGCUUUGUUGGCGUGAGAACCGGAGGAGAGACAGGAAGCAGGAGAGAGAUGGGGAUACAGUGACAGAGGAAUCGGCCUUUUCGGACCUCACUGAUAAGGAGAAGAAGGGGUUUCGAUACACUUAUUGA